AUGGCGACAAUGCAUUUGCGCACCGUCAGGGUCCUCGCAUGGAGACACGAGGGCGCCGACUGGGUCAAAUCCGGGGAGAUGCGCGGACCCAGCGUGGGGCACGAGCAUUCCCCGACUCGCACCCCCAAUCACGCUCACCGCAGCACUGAAGAGGCAAAUCAUCGCCCGAAACGUCGGGCGCGCAGCAUCGGGUGCCCGCAAACGAUCACCUCGGACGCUGCGACGACGUCACUGGCCGUCACCAAGGGAAUGCCCCAGAGGCGCUAA